CAGGAUAGGUCUGAUCGUGAGAGUUAUUUCCAGUCAGACCUCGGUGACAUUACACGUGUAUUUGAAAUAGCAAGAAUGGACAACAGUGUUAUGCGAGAAAUGGGCACACAUUAUGAAGCCGCAUAUGCGUGGUCAAGCAACUCGUCGUUAGAAGGCGGACCAAGCCGACGACGGCGAUCGAGAACCAUAUUCCCGCCGACGGCACUGCUGCGAAUGGAGGCGGAAUUCGCCCAAAACCAGUAUCCGGAUGGGUGGAGGCGGGAUAUGAUAGCUAGAGAGAUCGGUUUCACAGAGGCAAGAAUUCAGGUUUGGUUCCAGAACAGACGAGCAAGACAUAACAAACGGAAGAGAAUGUCACAUGAUCAAACAGAAGCAGACGACAAUGUGCUGAAGCGACAUAAAACAGACGAGGACGUGCCUUAUGUGCCUAUGACAACAACUGUGCGUACAGUUCUGCGAGAUUCGCUCCCAGCUGCACAAGAAGCGAACCCGAUGACGUCACAACGGAGCACGUGUAUGACAUCUCAGCCGAGCAUGCGCGUCGCCGCAGAUUCAUCACAAAACGAAGCAAGCGACAUCGUAAAACAUCUUUUCCGAUUCAGCAAGAGGUACAGCAGCCAUAGCCUUUCGUGCGAAAACAUAGUGAAGAUCAUUAUGCCACCAAUGUUGCCAGCAAAGUGUGUGGUUUCGAAACUUAGUUGUUCAGAAUGUAGGAACUCUGAUGUCAGUGCUCGGAAAUGUGCUAUUCAUUUUAAAGCGUCGUUACUCUCGAAAAGCGUUCGUGUGUUUCCGGACAGCACAAGUGAUGUGCGUGACGACGCUUGAUGUCUAAAAAAUAUUAUUAAGGUAGCGCACCUCUAAUGAUUUCCCGCGAUUUCUUCGAAGGUUGAAGAGCCUACUAUUAGGUGCCGUAGCCUAGUGGUUAAGGCGAUAGACUAGAAAUAUUUUGGGAUAUUACCGCGCAGGUUCGAAUCCUGCCGACGACGUAUACUUUUUUGUUACGCGUUUUAUUUAUUUUCUAACGUAAUUUGAUUUAAUAUGGCAUUUAAGCUAUAUUUAUUGUUAAAUGUGUUGCAAUUUUUAUGCACAUUCUUCAAUUAUUAAAAUUAAAACAACGUUAUGGCGAAAUUGGGUGAUUUACUGUUGAA